UCACUCGCAAAUUUCGGUUCUGGCGGGAAUCUGAUUUUUUUUUUUUCUGUUCUUUGAUUUGCAUUUCUAUUCUCUCUUUUCUUUUAAAGAUUUUUUUUAUAAAUUUUUUCUGUUUUUUUUUGUCCUGUUUGAUGUGUUAAAUCUUGUUCGAGCUGAAACUUUAUUUUUGUAUUUGUUUGAGAUUCUCACUGUAUUGUGGUGUUAUUAUUAUUACUAUUUUAAUCUUUUGGGUGUGUGUGGGGGGAAGGAGGAGGCAUGCAAUCGAGUUCUAGAACUUCUGUUUGGUCGGUGAGAAAAUCGAGGAAAUUUAUAUGAAGAAAGGUAUAGGGCCUUGCGAAAUUUGCUGGGCGUGGGUUUGGGUGGGUUCCAGCAAUGCCUCUGUUGAAGAAAAAGCCGUUCACUUUGUUGGAACCACCCAAGGAUUUGAAGCCUCAUGAACUUGUAUAUCAAGUUCGCUUCACGAAGGAGAUAUUUCGGGAUUAUCAGAUGUAUUUGAACCGAACAAAUUUAUAUCGGCAGAGAACUUGGAGUUGCAAAAUUAGUGGAAAAGCUAACUUGACUUUUGAAGAGGCUUUGGUGUCUGAAAAGCAUGUGGCAGAGAAGGUUCAAGAGAUACCCAAAGUGCUUGUGGCACCUGCAUUGCAUAUUAUACAAUAUAGUAUGCUUUCAUUGAAAGAUCUUGCAGACACUAUAGCAACAAAGCUGCAAGAAAAUUUGUUUGUAGGUGCAGAAUUGCAUGGAGAAAAAGGUGGUGGUCUCUGUCCUUGCAAGAUAGUAAAGGUGCUGGACGAGGGUACUGUUAAAACCCAAUAUGAGGUAGCAUGGCUUGAUAAGGAUAAUAAAAUAUUGGAAACUUCGGUUGCAAAAAGAGAUGAUUUAAUAUGGAAGAAGUUUCCUUUUAGUAGAAGCAUUUUGAAGUCUUUUAUUCGUGAGUCAACAUACCGAAGUGCUCCUUGGGUGCUUCAUAACAAUUUGGCACAGAAGCAUGGAAUCUCAUGUGACCCACCGCCAGAGUUAAAAGGCAAAGUUUUCAUACUGGAUGGACGAGUGAUCUCCAAUAAGAAAAGAAAAGAUAUAGAAGAUAGAAAAAAUGAAGCGGAUGUAGAUAAGGAAUAUGGAAAACAUAAAAAGAAGAAAGUGGAGGGUGAGGAAGUUGAAGCAACAAGCAAGGAAAGAAAUGAAGACAAUCAACCAUUGCGAGAUCCCAUCACAUAUCCCAUCGAUGAUCUGUUGGUGCAGCCUGGGGCAGAUGAUCCAGUCUUCACUGACCGUCCUUCCCCUUCAAGAGACUUUAACAUUCAGAUGGAUUGUGUUGGUGAUCUUUUAAUGGUUUGGGAUUUUUGCUCCUCUUUUGGUAGGAUGUUGCACUUAUGGCUGUUCUCUCUUGAAGAUUUUGAAAAUGCUAUCCGCCAUAAGGAAAGUAAUUUGAUUCUUAUUUUUGAAACACAUUCUGCUCUUCUGCGGCUACUUAUAAAAGACAAUAGUGAAUAUUUUUCAGCUGUACCGAAAAGAAACCAGAAGUUCAAGAUAACAUUAAUUAAUUGGACAGAGUAUUUGUGUGAUUUCAUAGAAAAGAUCAAUAUUCCUGAUCUAUCCACAAAUGUAUCGACAAUUAAGCGUGGGCACUAUGGUCUCUUAGAUGUUAAAGCUAAAUUGUGGAUCCUUCGAGAAUUGGUUAAUCAAGUCCUUGAAACAGAUCUUGUCAGGGAAAAGUUGGAUAAUCAUAUUGAACAGAGACAGAUGCUUGGAGCCAUAAGGAGGGGGGAAGCACUGGAGGAAGGUAGAAAAAGAAGACAAGAAAAGGAAAAAUUUAAAGUUGAUUCUGUUGAUGAUAAAGUGAUGAAUGGAGAAAGUAUGGAAAGUGCAGGAAACAAUCCAAAUGCAUUGGCAAAUGAGAACCAUCAUAACGAAAAUGGAGAGAUCGCAGAGAAAAGAAAGGGGGAGUCCAUUUCAGCUCCAGAAAAACAUGCAUCGUAUAAAAGUGAGAGCUGCCGCUCAGACAUUGCACCAAAGAAAAUGAAGCAAAAUAUGGGUUUGGAAGUCUUGGAAGAAAAUACAAAAAAUUCAUCUAGCAAAAUGGGAGCUAAACAGUUGAAGAAUGAGAAGAAGGAAACAGUAGAAAGGAGAAGCAAAGAGCAAAGGGACGAAUAUUAUGAACGGGAGAUGGAGAAACUAGUCUUACGCACCAAUUCAUUGGGUAAAGACAGACACUACAAUAGGUAUUGGUGGUUCCGACGUGAUGGGAGGAUCUUUGUUGAGAGUUCUGACUCCAAGCUAUGGGGCUAUUAUUGUUGCAAGGAAGAGCUUGAUGCAUUGAUGGGUUCAUUGAACUGUAAGGGUGAGAGAGAGAAGGCUCUUCAUAAACAGCUGAAGAAAUUCUACAGCAGAAUAUGCUUAGAACUACAGAAGAGAUCAAAAGAUUUGGCUCACAAGAUCGCAUUGGAGGAGGCGGUGCUUCGGAGAUCUACUCGUGUACGAGCUCUGCCAAGGGAAAAUCCUACUAAUGCUUUCCUUGGGUAUGUUAACAAGUGGAAGGAAGACUAGCUAGUAGGUCCCGUCAUCUCGUUUUAGGCAGAUCUCAUGCACAUCUCUUUUAGGCUCACUGGAAAUAGGAAUUUUUCGGUGACUAAGUUUGCUGAUUCAUUAUUUUGUUGGUGGGAAUUUGGGGGUUUUGAAGUGGCCACCAAGAGGAACAUGGAUGAAAAGGUUUUGAUUUUAUAAUCCAUGUUACAACUAUGCCUCAAUUUUUGUAAUUGACCUUGUUCAACAUUUUAGAAUUUACAUAGUUUAUGUUUAUGUUCUUUAUUCA